GAUGUUAGUGAAUGAUUAUUUUCCAUCAUAAUUACAGUUUAUAGUGAUUUUAUAAUCCGAAAAGAUGAAGGCCGAGGUCGCAUCUUCUUCGGAGAAACCGAAAAUCCCUUUACCAACGCUUUCCCAAAUAAACGCUGACCGUAUAACUCAGCUUGCAAACCAGUACUGGUCCCCACAGACCGAGGAAACCCACUUACCCUAUGAUGCCGCUAUUGUGGAGUCAAUCUACCAAGCAGAGAUCCUUGGCUCAAAUUUUUCCGUCCGGCGUAUCAUGAUGCUCGAGUUCUCUCAAUACCUGGAGUGUUACUUGUGGCCUCAGUACCGCGCCGGCGCGUCGCAAGCACACAUGAUGUCUAUCAUAGUCAUGAUCAACGAGAAGUUUCGAGAACGAGUGCCGGCCUGGCAGGCAUUUCUCAAGAAACCCGAACACUUCCCGGCCUUCUUCGAACAAGUACUCCGAGCGAGUGUGGCUGAAGAUAACGAAAGCCGCAAUAUGAGGGAACAGACAGCGUUGCUUCUCUUCCUGAACCAUUGCUUCGGAAGCAUGGAAGUACAGCUUUGCCGUGACCAGGUCAAGAGGCUGGUGUCUUUGAGCAUGUGGAUUAGUUUACAAGAAGGUCGAAGAAACCAAGAAUUCAAAGCUGUGCCGAAAUGGAAGAAGUACUGGAAAGCGAUUCAGAAGAAAGACAAACCGGAGCUUCUGGACAAACUGAACUGGGAGAGGAGAUACCUGCAGAGACUCAUGAUAAAGUUCAUGAAUAUCCUGGAGACGAUUCCUGAGGAGGGGGACGUGGAUUCUAAUGUUGUAAGGUACUGCGAGCGGUUCCUAGAGCUGAUGAUCGACCUGGAGGCGCUGUUGCCAACUCGCCGCUUCUUCAACACGGUCAUGGACGACUGCCACCUCGUCGUGCGUUGCCAGCUCGCGCCGCUGGCUAGAAGACCAGAAGGACAGCUGUUCUCACAGUUGCUCCAAAUGCUCAAAUUUUACACCCGUUUUGAGAUCAGCGACGAGACUGGGGAUCCUCUUGCGGAUCGAGACAUGACUCUCCUCCACUACUCGAGAAUAACCUCACUGCAGAAAGCAGCGUUUGCAAAAUUUCCCGACCUACGAUUAUUCGCGCUAGCCAAUGUUGCCAGUGUGGACACUCGUGACUCAUUGCAGAAGCACUUUGGCAGUUUGAGUGACAAAGCACUUCGAGCUAUAGCUACUCAUCUGAACCUGGUGCCUCCAGAAGGGAAAGAAAAUGAAGCUCCUCAUUACAGAGUAGACAAGGAGUUUCUCAAAGAGUUGUUGAUCUCCCGACAUGAGCGCCGCAUCUCACAACUGGAAGAACUGAACUCCAUGCCAUUAUAUCCCACCGAGGAAGUGAUCUGGGAUGAAAACGUGGUCCCCACAGAGAUAUACAGCGGAGAGAACUGUCUCGCGCUGCCGAAGCUUAACCUGCAGUUUCUUACGCUGCACGAUUAUCUGCUGAGGAACUUCAAUCUUUUCAGAUUGGAGAGCACAUAUGAAAUAAGACAGGACAUCGAGGAUGCAGUAUACAGACUGGCUCCAUGGAGAGCAGAAGACGGGAACGUAUUCUUCGGUGGCUGGGCCCGCAUGGCUCACCCUAUCCAAACCUUCGCCGUCGUGGAAGUCGCCAAGCCCAACAUUGGUGACAAAGCUCCUUCGAGAGUCCGCGCUGACGUCACCGUGGCUCUCAGCGUCAGGAAUGAGAUCAAGCACGAGUGGGAGAGUCUCCGGAAACAUGACGUGUGCUUCUUGAUCACUGUCAGACCCACGCAGGGCAUAGGUACAAAAUACGACUACCGCAAGAGCAUGGUAGAACAAGCCGGCAUUGUAUAUGUCAGAGGGUGCGAAGUGGAGGGAAUGCUUGACGCGGCAGGGCGUGUCAUUGAGGAGGGGCCGGAACCACGCCCCCAACUCGACGGAGACUCACGGACCUUCAGGUUGCUGCUGGAUCCUAACCAGUAUAGGCUUGAUUUGGACCGUGCCAGUAAAGGGAAAGAGGAUGUAUACGAAACGUUCAACAUCGUAAUGCGCCGAAAGCCGAAGGAGAACAACUUUAAAGCGGUUCUGGAGACGAUUAGGGAGCUGAUGAACACCGAGUGUGUGGUGCCGGAGUGGCUUCAUGAUAUCGUGCUGGGAUAUGGCGAUCCGGGGCAAGCGCAUUAUACCAGGAUGCCCAAUGAAAUCCCUACGUUGGAUUUCAAUGACACGUUUUUGGAUAUGGAACACUUGAGAAACAGUUUUCCGGGAUACGAGGUCAAAGUGAAAACAGACGACCCGAGGAAACUAGUCAGACCCUUCAAGGUCACAUUCGAGAAUGUUGUCCGUAAGCAAGAACUUGGUGACAAUGCUAUGGAUGAAGACGAGGAAAUUAAAUCUAUCGUCGUCGAACCUCACGUGCAGCCGAAACGGGGACCGUACUUGUACAAUGAGCCGAAAAAGAACAACAUUCUGUUCACGCCAACUCAACUGGAGGCCAUACGCUCCGGGAUGCAGCCAGGACUGACGCUAGUGGUCGGACCGCCAGGAACAGGAAAAACUGACGUAGCUGUCCAGAUAAUUUCCAACCUGUACCACAAUUUCCCUUGGCAACGGACCCUGGUGGUGACACACAGUAACCAAGCGCUCAAUCAGCUCUUCGAGAAGGUCGCGGAGCUGGAUGUCGAUGAACGACAUCUGUUGCGUCUGGGUCACGGAGAAGAGGCGCUGCAGACUGAUAAAGAUUUCUCACGAUACGGCCGAGUGAACUACGUGCUGGCAAAACGUCUUGAACUACUAGAGGUGGUGGGACGACUGCAACGUACGCUGGACGCCGGCGGAGACGCAGGAGCCACGUGCGAGCUGGCGCAUCACUUCCACGUGUACCACGUGCGGCCGCGGUGGCAGACCUUCACCGACGCCGUGCAGCGAGACAAGUCGAAGUCCAUAGAGACCAUAAGUAAAGAGUUCCCGUUCCACGAGUUCUUCGAUGACGCCCCAAAGCCUCUGUUCCCCGGGAAGUCUUAUGAUGAAGACUUGGAAAUCGCUCUUAGCUGCUACAGGUACAUCAACCAUAUCUUCGAAGAGCUGGAAGAGUUCCGAGCAUUUGAACUGCUCCGCUCAGGCUUGGACCGAUCCAAGUACCUGCUGGUCAAAGAAGCCAAGAUCAUAGCCAUGACCUGUACUCACGCUGCCUUGAAGCGCUCAGAGCUCGUGCAGAUGGGUUUCAAAUACGACAACAUCCUAAUGGAAGAGUCUGCCCAAAUCCUCGAGAUAGAAACCUUCAUCCCUCUGCUACUCCAGAACCCUCAAGACGGGCGCUCGCGACUGAAACGCUGGAUUAUGAUCGGGGACCACCAUCAGCUGCCGCCCGUCGUCAAGAAUAUGGCCUUCCAGAAGUAUUGCAAUAUGGAGCAGAGCUUGUUCACGAGGAUGGUGCGACUGGGAGUUCCUUAUGUGGAGCUGGACGCUCAGGGCCGAGCGAGACCCAGCAUCUGCAACCUUUACCGAUGGAGAUACCGCGCGCUGGGUGAUUUGGGCCACGUGACCCGACUGCCCGAGUACCGUGCCGCCAACGCCGGGCUAAGAUAUGAUUUCCAACUUGUCAACGUGGAAGAUUUCAACGGGGCUGGCGAGACUGAACCGAGUCCUUACUUUUACCAGAAUUUGGCCGAAGCAGAAUACGUCGUAGCAGUGUUCAUGUACAUGCGAAUAAUCGGCUGGCCCGCGGAGAGGAUAUCCAUCCUCACGACAUACAACGGGCAGAAGCACCUCAUACGCGAUGUGAUCGACAAGCGAUGUGCUGACAACCCCCUCAUCGGACGACCACAUAAGGUGACGACGGUCGACAAGUACCAGGGUCAGCAGAAUGACAUCGCGCUGGUAUCACUUGUGCGGACGAAAGCCGUGGGCCACGUGCGCGACCUCCGGCGUCUGAUCGUGGCGGCGUCCCGUGCAAGACUGGGGCUGUACAUCUUCGCGCGAGCCAACUUGUUCAGGAACUGCUUCGAGCUGCAGCCCACCUUCAACCAGUUGGUGGCGCGACCUCUAGAGCUGGUUCUCGUCCCAGGCGAGCGCUACCCCGCACAGCGCGCGGCGGGCGCCGCAGUGCCGCAGGAGCUGUCGCUUGUCGCACGCGACAUGCCGCACAUGGCGCGCUUCGUCUACGACAUGUAUCUGGAGCGCGUGCGCGACCACCAGCGACAAGAGCAGGCGCAGCAAACGUGGUCAGCUCCGGGCACGGCGCGCGCGGCCAAGUCUCGCGAGCCGCGCCACUUCGUGCCGACGCACCCCGGCGCCGACGACGACGACGACUUCCAGCCCACGCAGAUCGUCAACGAGGUCGACGACCCCGAGACACACUAGACCACGUAUCCUGCUCACGAGGUACCAAUUGAAACGACAUACAUACUUACUAUUAAAGAUCUUGAAAAUCCAAAAAUCACUCUUACCGCUGAACGGAUUUACCUAGAUGAAAUUUGUUUAAAAAUGAUUUGAAAUCCCGGUGAACGACUAAAUAGUUGUCAUGUCAGAAAAAAGUGAAAAAAGUGUAUUGAAAUAAUUAAUAACUUGUCUGAUAAUCAAUGUCAACAUACUCAAACAGAAUAAUUGCUAUGAGAGUUUUUCCAGGCGCUAUAACAUGGGUUGUUGAGUUUAUUUAUCUAUUGCAAGAACAUACAUAGGUUAAAAAGUGUGUCUGUGUUCAAAAUACAUUUGACAAUGGCAGUUACUGUAUAAAGUCGCCGCCAAUAGUAAAUGAAUACAGCUACAAUAUAGUUAGCGCUACAAACGUGGUCAG